CGGUCGGGAAAAUGACCGAAUCAUCCUCGCCUUCGUCCUCUAAGGCAACGACAACAAACUCGGCUUGUAGUUUGAACAAAUGGCGUAUCAUUCCUAUUGUUGUCGUCUUUCUCAUCACUCUUGCCGUCUUGUUGUGCGUCUAUCGGCUACGCACCGACCCAACGGGGCCGUCACAAAUCACCACCUCUUCUUCUCGGCAUUCGACCAAAGCUGGAAAUACGAGGAACCGUGCCAAAGAAUUGAAGAGCAUUUGGGAAGAAGGACGGACCAACGAUAGGUGGCUGGUUGUUACAGACGACCAAGACACGGCUUUCAUUUGUUCGCUCGCCGACAUCUCUGCCGAAUUGGAAUGGCGUAUGCUCGUGGUGGGAAACAACAUCAGUUGCUGCAGGAAAACUUGCAUGCUGCUAGAUGACAUGAAACUCAAGAAUUUGCACUAUGAAAUUCUAACGGCUAUGGAAUCCACGUCGAGAGUUGAAGCCCGUCGUAACGCCGGUUACCUUUACGCAAUCCAACAUGGGGCACGCCACAUUUUUGACGCUUACCCGGAGACUUAUACGUCAGCAAAGAUUCCAUUGGAGACUUUCAGACGCGAAAUGUUUCGCCAGCUGCAGAACGUUGCCCUGAAUGUUGCCCUUGGCGUUGUUAGCGAGCGGCCGUACGUGAAACGAGUUCAAAAUCCAUACGCUCAUUUUGGUCGACCGGAUUUGUGGACAGAAGGCUUCCGGCGAAACAAUCAACGUUUCAUUCAUAACCAUAUCUAUCGUAUUUGCGAAGUCAGACCCCCUUCAAUCGAAAAGUUUUUAGACAUUGACGAGGAUUACUUUGACUGGGCAGCCCCAUCCCUGACUCUGCCUGGAUCAACGGUGGCACCAUUCUCUUCGAAAAACACCCUGUACUCGAUUGAAGCAUUCUGGGGACUUGUUCUCUUUCCGACAGGCAACUCGUCGCAAGCGCCUACUAUUCCUCAACAUCUAUUACGGACCUUAUGGAAUCAAGCCGUUCUGGGUGAUAUCGCUGGAAGUCUAAAAUUGUCCUUGGCCAACGUUUCUACUCUGCAGAGACGGGAGAAAAGUCGAAAAAAUCCAGCUGAUCUUCGGGAGCCGGAUGGCCUUGCCAGUUUCCUUCUGAAAUGGACAUGUUCGACCAGAUCGUCAUUGAGCUGCACGCGCGAUUUAUUUCAGACCAUGUUCCAGUUACACUACAUCUCUUUCAAGAGCCUUGGCGUCUUGCAGAGUUGGAUCAACGAUCUUAAGCGAUCACAUUAUCUUGAGCCUCCGGUUAUCCCUCGCCGUAGAGGGCAGAUGAACCCUUGCCUGGGAGCCGACGGUCUCUACGGUGUGGCCUUCUAUCCAGCCCUUCCAGUGAAAUCCAUGAGUUUGGAGCAGCUGGACAGACGCAAUGCCACAAUUGAGCGAUUCAAGAAAGAAGAAACACGACUGGAUGCCUUGAACCGCGCUCUGAGCGAGACGGCAUUAUUAGAUUCGUCCAGGCCUAUUCAUGCUCGUGAUCUCGUCACUCAAGGCCCCAGCAUCGCAUACGGCGAAACGGGAGAGCACAACAUUGCAAAGGAGGAACCAGUUGUUGUACUCUCGUCGUCGGACGCCGAAGGCACUCACGAAAGCCCAAUUACAUCCCGUCACGCGAAAUUAUACGAUGGCCACGGUGCUAUUGAGAUGCCGAUUUUGCGCGAGUUUACAGACAAUGCAUGUCCAGGAUAUUCACAGCUUUUGCCUCACGUCUCCGAAAACCCUUUCAGAAACGUCUUGCUCAUCGUGGCCAUGACGGCCAUGCGCUACGAAAUGAUUCCCAUGUUCGAAGUCGUAUACAGAGAACAUUUCCGCAACAUCCUGUACUGUGGGAGCCCGCAUGAUUCGAUUGAAAUUUUCUUACGAAAGUAUCAACUAUCGGAAGAUCGCUCCUUUUCUUUUCUUCCAAUCCAUUCCAAGUAUACCUACGAGUGCCUGCUGGGCGCCCUUGAAAUGGGAUACAAUGUUGAUGGAUGGAUCAUGUCCACUGACGAUGCCCUUAUCAACAGCUGGAACAUUCGACAAAUGAAUUACUCCAAACUCUGGUACAGCGGCGACUACAACAUUCAAGUGACCGGAGCCAACUGGAAAACACUGGAUCCUGGUAGUCAGAAACUGCCGAGAAGCCUGGACGGCGUGCAGAAAGUUUUAGAGUUCCUUAAAAGCUCUUUGAUUGGAUCAGUCCUACCAGAUGAUGUCAACAGCGGAAUCGGCAGCCGUGGGAAUCACGAUCACGGCACGUCGAGAAUCACCAAACGCGGGGCGGAAAUUGGGACAGGCAAAUUUCCAGACAAGUUAUUGACAGAACAAUUAACUGCCGAAACCCGAAAUCAUACGGUUGCUGAACAGCAUGCAGAAGGUGAUGCGCACAAGAUUUAUGGAUCGUCACUAGAACAACUUUCUAAUCCGAGUGGAAGGUCAUCUUUCGAUGUGAUUGAGCUCAAGUCGACCAUCAACAGCAGCAUUGCAUUGGAACAGCCGAGAAUAUUAUCCUCUCUCAACUACUUUGUGGAUGGCGGAAUCAAUAAAACUGAAAUUGACGUUGGUCUCGCGAUAGCAGAUGAUGUAACGACGACCAAGGUUCAAACCGAAAACCAAGAAAUCAAAGAAUCGUUAGCCGAGUUGCUCAACAUCACCACCACCGGUGAGAUUGGCGUGUUGGAUGGAGAGGACGCAACUUCUAUGGAAAUCGAACGGACAUUUAUCAAUGUGCACGGGAGCAAUUUAGGCAAGAGUGAUGGUGAUCAAAUUGAUCAAGUUGGAUCGGUAACCGUAGGUGGUGCCCUGGAAACUGAGCCGGUCUUAUCCAACCUUCAGAACACCAGCGCAGAUGGCCAAAUUGAAGCUGUCGACUUGGAGUUCGUGAUUACUGAAGAUGACGGAUUUCCCACUGAAGGCGAUGAACUAAGUGAAAGUGAAACCGAACGACCAGUUUCUGAACUUUUGCGCAAGCUUCUUGUUGCUACCCGUAACACAACCAAUAUAGAACAAUCUGAUUUGGCUGAGCUCCCUGAGAACAACAAUAACACGUUGACUAAUUCGACGAGUUCUUUAGAAGCCCUUUCAAAUUAUACAAUGUCGCCUCCCGAGAUCGAAAUUACCGUCAUUACCGAAGACAAUGUCUCUCCGUUGAAGGAGCAAGCAACCGAUACGCAUGACACUCUUGUUGUUGACUCAUUAGCUCAUCCGGUAAAUGCUUCCAUGGAGCUCUCAGAUUCCCGAGAGAAAAUGGUAAUUGGAGACGACAGUGUUCCAGAGCCUGCCGACAAAGGAACACCUGAAGCUGGCCACAAUCAAACAGAAGUAGCUGAAUCAGAGGUUUUAAUCGUUUCUCCAACCUCUAAUAAUGAAACGUCAAUUACACCCAUCGCCGACGGGGACAAACCUUUGGAAGAGAGCAACUCGACCACAACAACAACAACAACUCCCAAGACUACAACAAUUCAGCCUCAAACCCAGUCGUCGACGGCCUCGAUUUCGGGAGAAGAGGAGCGUAAAAACUCUGAGACAUUGCACGUUGGCGAAACUUUAUCAACCUUGAAAGAACUCUACACUUUGAUCAAAGAAAACCUGGGCGUUCGAACGGACGACUCUGAUGAUGUCAGAUAUGCUGACGCAGCAUUUUAUGGCGGUGAUCGUGGGUACCGACUAAAUCCCAAGUCGAUCCAUCACUUCCGUUGCGAAAAAGGCACAAAUUUAGAAUUCUGCAAAGUGUCAUCUGAAUACCUUUAUCAACUCUCGGAGAACAUGGGCAAAGAAUUCCGGUUGAUUUACGAUAAAGUGCCCAUGUACUACAUCCCGAAAAAGGAUCAGCUCAAGUUUUACCUGUUGAGUAAUUUGAUGUUGCAACAUGGCGUCACCGACGAAAUCGCCAUUCCUCUCAUUCUGUCCGGUUUGGACCCUGAAGACGAAUGGGUCAAACUCGAAAAGUCCUUUUUCGGUGGACUAAAAGGAGGAGGACGAAAUGGCGAUGCUUCCACCAGCAAAUAUCCGCUGUUUAACAGCGCAGCCGCCGUGUUGUAUCCCACCGACUUGAACACGCUCACCACCGACGCGAAACUACAAAAGAUUUUCUGUUUGAAAUACUUACUGCGAGUUCUCCAGUUGUAAGUGUUUGUUAGCCACACAUGUUGCCGUUUGCAGUUUCCAACGAGACUGCAGACUUCCCAAAAGUAUUCGAGCGUCUCUCAUCACAUCAGAUUAAUCAAUUUUUGAGGUUCUUCCUUUUUUAUUUUUGUCAGGAAUUACUAGGUGAACUGUGACAUGUAUCCGAGUUGUUUACUAUAACACACUGUUUGUAUAGGCUAUCUAUGAGAAUUAUUGUACAAGAUGUUUAAGCUUUUUACUUACGCUGGUACGAAAAGAAUUUGCUUUUUUACGGGAGUGGAAAGCUGACUUCUUACGAAAAAAAAGUAACUACAAAACAGAAAAAAACAACAGGUUGCGCUAUUUACCCGUUGUCCAACAUGUGAUCUAACUUUAUCUCUCGCCAUGCAUAUAUAGGCUUAGUUCUGACUGAGAUAAAGCAUCGUGCACGAUACUGUAAAUAGGCGGCGUCCAAACACCAUUUGGUUGGUAGUUACGUGGAAGUCCUAUACUACUAUCUGCAGUGGUGGUCCAAAUACAUUUAGAAAUUAUUAUAUUUUAUUUUUGUGUAUCAUACAGUAUGCUAACCUUUUGUAUUACCUCUACCAUGAAUUUUCAAUAGAUCAAUGGUUUUCAUUUCGAAUGCGGACCAAGUACGUACUACUAAAAUUGCUGUUUUACUCGCGUGCGUUCACAAUCGUAUCAGACCAAAUGUUUUGACCGAAAGCGAAUUAAUGAUCCAUCCAGAAUGUUUGAAUCUGCCUAUCCCGGGUGUGCUAUUUGCUAUCCUGUACACGAAAUCAACUAAUCCCGUUCCUGAAAGUGCCAAAUAAUGGCAUCCAAUUCUAAGGGGACGCAUGUAUAGGAUUUAGCAUUGAAAGAAAGGCAAUGAAUACAAGUUUAUUAUGUUUAA